CUUAAUCAUAUAUGAUGUUUGGUUUGGAAAAAAAUGGUAUUUCCAAGACCAUUUGCAUCCCACAAAAUACAAGUGGUGGAAAUAGAAGUGAACGUUUGCAAAGGCAUCGCUCACAAACCAUAAACAAGCUUUAUGUUUGAUAUCCCAUAUGCUUUCUACUCUUACUCUCAUUCAAAUACUCUAUAGAGGACUGAGAGGCGAUGGCAGAAGUUGGCUGCCACAUUCAUUUUCUGCUAUUGCCAGCUUCGCUUCUCUCUUUACUUGUUAUCUUCAUUUUAUCUCCUUUGAACCAAAGCAACUUUACCAUCUCCUUCUCCACUUUCACUCCUAAUUGCCGUACUAAAACCAAUCAAGAAGUCCCACAAGUGUCUCCCUUAACGGCUCCACUGUCAUCAGCUGCUUCACCGCUUGCACCAGCAGCUCCGCUGCUAUCCCUUAAUGGUACUACUACUGGUGAGGAUGUCGUUUCAAGGCCUAAGAAAAAAAAGAGCAGUUUAGAGAGAGUUGAAGAUGGUUUGACCAAAGCACGAGAGGCUAUACGUGAAGCAAUUCGUUCACAAAACUAUACAUCAUACAAGGAGGAAACUUACAUUCCCAGAGGAACCAUUUACAGAAAUCCAUACGCUUUUCAUCAGAGUCACAUUGAAAUGGAGAAGAGAUUCAAGGUCUGGGUCUAUAGGGAAGGAGAGCCACCCUUAGUCCAUGGCGGGCCGGUGAACAACAUCUACGGCAUUGAGGGGCAGUUCAUCGAGGAGAUGGAGAGUGAGAAGAACCACUUCUUGGCUCGCCAUCCUGACGAGGCGCAUGCAUUCUUGAUCCCAGUGAGUGUGGCCAAAAUCAUCAAACUCCUCUACAUGCCUCUCAUCACCUACUCUCGUGAUCAGCUACAACGGGUGGUGACCGAUUAUGUUGGCGUCAUAGCCGACAAGUACCCUUAUUGGAAUAGAAGCAAUGGAGCUGACCAUUUCUUGGUUUCUUGUCAUGAUUGGGCACCGGAUAUUGGAGAUGCCAAUCCAGAACUCUUCAAGAACUUCAUCAGAGUCCUCUGCAACGCCAAUACGUCAGAAAAGUACAGGCCUCAAAGAGAUGUCUCAAUGCCAGAAAUCAUCAUUCCCAAAGGCGAGCUUGGUCCCCCGCUCCUAGACCUGUCCCCAAGGGAACGUUCAAUCCUGGCAUUCUUCGCGGGCGGAGCCCAUGGUUCCAUAAGGAAAGUCUUGUUGGAGCACUGGAAAGACAAGGACAAUGAAGUGCGAGUCCAUGAGUACCUCCCGAGCAACACAGAUUACUUCAAAUUAAUGGGUGAAAGCAAGUUUUGCUUGUGCCCAAGUGGGUACGAGGUGGCCAGUCCAAGAGUGGCCACGGCAAUAUCCGUGGGGUGUGUUCCUGUUAUAAUAUCUGAUUAUUAUGCAUUGCCAUUUAGCGAUGUGCUUGAUUGGAGCAAGUUUUCAGUUUAUAUCCCAUCGAAGAGGAUACCCGAAAUCAAAACUAUCUUGAAAGGGAUAUCAGAUAGGAAGUAUCUGAAAAUGCAGAAGAGAGUGAGGCAAGUUCAAAGGCACUUUGUUUUGAACCGGCCAGCGCUGCCAUUUGAUGUGAUUCACAUGCUGCUUCACUCAGUGUGGUUAAGGAGGCUGAAUUUUAGGCUGCCAACACCUUGAUCCCCAUUGUUCGUAGCUUAGCAAAACCCACAAAAGGCAAAAUUUUCAUACUGCUGUAAAGCUUGUAGGCAGCUCAACUUUUUUUUGUUUUUUUGCUUUAAUUGGUUUGUCAUUAUUACAUGUUAAUUAUAUGAUUGUAUCAUCAACUAAGGUGUGGCUACAUUACUAUAUACUGGUAAAGAAAUUUGAGAGAGACAAAAGAAAAUGAAAUUUCAGUUGCUGUAUUAAAUUGUAUA